AUGCUUUUCGUCGCAGUGAAUGUGGCUACGAUUUUUGAGAAGACAACUACCUCUUCAUAUUCUGAGGUGCCGCAAGAAUCACAUCUGUUCGACAUAGGACCUCCGUCAGUGACGUAUUUCUUAGAGUCUCACCGUACCCCUUCUUAUCAGGGGACACGCUUUCCCGGGACUGCAUUUUGUAUAGCAAUGAAGUAUUCAGAUUCAGUGUUCUAG